AUGUUCGCUAAAGUUAAGCCACGCACCCAACCCACCAAUACCCAGUUGAGACAGACAAAACUAUAUGUCUCACAGAAGGACAAUAAGCUCAAGUAUGAAGGCUUUGUCAAGGAAGCUCCACAACGGCGUCCAAAAAUGGAGUUCGUUUACAUGCCAGCCCCCCGUUCCCUUCCUCCUCCUCCCAAAACAGUCUUGGAGAAAUCUUCCCCUUCCGCUCCACUUCCACCUAACAAGAUCGAGGAGAAAACUUGUCAGGAAAAGGAUAAAACCGACAACUUGGACGAUUUUAUGUCCAAGUCAGGACGCGAUAUGAUCAACUUGAUUGGUCGCGUAGAUUUCUGCCUCAAAACCCAUAAAUUGUAUCCGAAAUUGAAUGUAAUUUGGAAUGUUUAUGGAAAAUUACUUCGAAUUGUUAAAGGAAAACGAUGCGAGAAUACUUUACUAGUGCGAAAUGAAAACUCUGGACCAGUUCUACAAGGGAUCUAUUUUGAUUUCGAAGGGGAGUUAGAGUCUUUGAAGACAGGUGUCUUUGUGGAACUCGUUGGUCGUUUCAUUGGCAAUAAUCGUUUGAAAACAUUCAAGGUUUCCGAGGUGAGCGGUACCAAGUGGCAACAGCCACUAACCCUCAUAGAAAAUAAAACCUCAUAUAACUUAAUGCAAAACAACAAGAAUAAGUAAUA